CCUUCUCACAAACACACUUUCUCUCCCUCCAUCUGUCUCUUUUUCCACGUCUCAGUCAGUAGUAAUGGAGCCCGGCAGUCCAAAGAAGAUCCAGUUUGCUGUGCCUCCGCUGCAGGGGCAGCUGGACCCACAGGCCGCUGAACAUAUCCGUCGCAGAAGGCCGACUCCUGCUACUCUGCAGAUCUAUAGACAACCUGGUCCAGAUGUUGGAGAUCAUCAAAGCACCAGUGGAGAGUCGCAGAAUUCAGACACCUCUCAGAGGAAGCAGAGCGCUUAUGCCCCGCCCACAAUGAAAGAGCUCCAGCUGGGGGUGGAGCAACACCUUCUGGGGACGGGGCUCUGUGAGGCUGACAGCCAGCUGAGCCCAAUCACAGCGCAGGGCUAUGCUACUGCUUACACCUGGGCCAAUCACAAUGAGCCAGAGGAAACCAAUGGGAAUGAGGCGUGUUUGCUGUUAGCCAAUCAGGAGAGAGGAGUGGCAGAGAGCAGCAGUUCAGGGGACCUGUCCUGCUCUCAAAGUAAGGAAGCGCCCAGUCCUGACUCCAUCUCCCGAUAGCCGCCUUUCGUCCGACUCCGCUGUCAUUCUUUUGUCUCUCAAUAAUCAACUUUCCCCCUCAUCCACACUGCUUGCUGUGCAACACUUACACUUUUAUUUUCCAUUAGAGGUCAGACUGACACGUGCACAUGAAGAGUUUGAGUUGAAUGUACUCAGUCUGAAUUUAAAAACUGUGGUUGUGAAUAAAGGAGCAUUAUGAACAAACA